GCUUCCGGUCGACCCCUUGAGCGCGUAGGUGUGGGGAGAGUGGUCCUCGCCUUUGCCUUCGUCCUUCUUACGAGGGGGCGCUUUUCGUAGCACCUCGGUUCGGGGAGGCCGCGGGGCAGAGGCUCCGCCAUGGAGGACCCGGAGCGGGAGGCCGAUGUCUCGGAGCUGCAGCGCCUGGUGGCCGUCGAGGAGCAGCGCGCCCGCCUCGCCGCUCAGGUACAUGCCGCGAGAUACGUGUGCGUGCGUGUGUGUGUGUGUGUGUGUGCAUGGAGGUACAAGAACCCUGCGAAAUAGGUUGAAAUAGGAGGAGUGGCUGGCUGAGUGGGGCGGGGGCUUGAACCUGGCCUCUUCUCCAUGGAACACCCCGCCCAGAGCAACCGUGUUACGAACUUUUUUGUCUCGUCUGAAUCCACAUGCGUGUCCACGACUCAGACCUAAUUGUAAUUCCCUCUCCUCUCUCCCCUCAUAACUGCGGGUCUGACGGAUCCCUAAUAGCACGCCCCUUUACCCCACCCCGCUCCUUUGUAAGGCCCUUUCUGAGCUCUUCUCUCCUGGGAAAGCUUCCGGGAUCUUCACACCAGUGUGGCACCAUAGGUGUGACUCAUAACUUUGCACGGUAGCAUUUGCCUUGCAGCCAUACAAAAGCCAGAGGUUUCUGCACACACCCCUUUCUAUCCAGGCAAGUGAAAGACAUUGCCCCAGUUCAAGGACACCUUCUGGCCCAGGAAAGCACUUAAGUAGGGCCUUGUAGGGUCCAAAGGGCCAGAGAGAGUCCUGGAGAACCCUCAGUCUUGAGGUUCACCAUGCCUGUUCUCCAAACGUCACUUAUUUACUAUACCUGCUUCCAUUAAGAGAAUCCAGACUGGAUCCACCCUCCUGUUAAGAAACCUGAGCUAUAGUUUACUUUACAGUAUUGUUCUGCCUAGAAGGCUUUUCAGGUGGCUGGGCUUUCUGAAAUGGCUGCACCUGCCAGCUUUCUGCCCCUUCUUAUACCUUAAACCUCCUCCCCAGAAUUCAUUUAGGACCUUUGAUUGUCUAUUUUGCCCUGACAGUCACCCCAAGAAGCUGGACAUGGCACUUUCUCAUGGGGGGGGGGGUCUGCUAGAAUUGCAACCCCUUCUCACAAAUACUACUUCUGAGGCAUGCGAGAUUGGGAAGCAUCAUUAAAUUCAGUGGGAUUAGCUUCUGAGUAGAUAGGCAUAGGAUUGGGCUGUUGGCACAUAGCCUCAUGCUGCACCACUGUGGCAAGGUCAAAGACAAUUCCUCCCAGAUGUGUGUUUGGGGUGGGGAUUGAUCUUCUACAGCUUCGCUUCAGCUCUGCUGUGAGAAAUGGAGGAGUGGUUUUUUUAAAUGCCCAGAUGCUUCUAAAUGGCCAGUUCCAGGCUUCUCCACCAGAGAUCUGUUUCUCACACCAAAAGUUCCCAAGAAUGUAGGAAGCUAUAUUAUACCAAGUUAGACUAUUUGUCUAUCUAGCCCUGUAUUGUCCACUCAGAUUGGCAGCAGCUCUCCAGGGCCUUACCUCUUCUUUUCCACUGGAAAAUAGCAUGAGCUUUACCACUGACCCAUACUUGAGAAAUGAUAAACAGAGCUUUGAAGAGUAUGCACAUCCAUUAUUAUUACAGUGGUACCUUGGUUCUCGAACUUAAUCCAUUAGACUCCUGAAAUGGUUCGAAAACCAAGGCGCGGCUCCCAAUUGGCUGCAGGAGCUUCCUACACUCAAUCGGAAACGACGGAAGCUGCUUCAGACGUUCAGCUUCCGAAAAAGUUUUCCAAACCGGAACACUCACUUCCAGGUUUGCAGCAUUUGGGAGCCAAGCCGUUCAAGUACCAAGGUACCAAUGUGUUAUUAUAAUUAUUAUUGGGGUGUGUGGGACUCAUUGAACCUUGGUUGCUGUGAUUUCUGUAACUUUGAGGUAUGGGUGUCGUUGUCCUCAGUGUUACUAGCUACAUGUGUACAUGCUGUAUGGAUGUCUGUGUGGGAAAUGUGGUUUUCAGACACAGAUCACUCCUCCUGGAAUGUAUUUCUCAAAUUUGGGGGUGUUUCAGAUGUCCUGGUUUUUUGAAUAUGUGUUAAAGUUUCACUUACUUUACCCACUAAACCUAUGUGGGUUUUUUUAGAUGGGCAAGACAAGGGCCUAUGCCACACAUCACCCAAACAGCCAGAUUCACUUUCUGAGGGUGUGAGUCUCCCCUGUAGCUAUGUUGUGCCAUCAAAAGCUCAACAAGACUGCAGGGAUAUCUGCUACAUGCACACCAAGCUGGAGAGGGAAAUGGGGCCUCUUCGCAGAGGGCAGUGGAAACUUGCCAUGUUGAAAGUUGUGAGUGGAAUUGAAAGAGGCUGGUCCUAAUGGGGAGUGCUGUUAAUACUUGUAUCCAUUCUCAUCUCUCUCUGCCACUCCCUACUCCAGGUUCACAACUUUAUGGAGGUCUGCUGGGAAAAAUGUGUUGACAAGCCAGGUUCCAAGCUGGACUCCAGAACAGAAACUUGCCUCGCCAACUGCGUCAACCGCUUCAUAGACACAACCCUGUCCAUCACCAAUCGCUUUGCACAGAUAAUACAGAAAGGAGGCCACUGACUACCGCAUGGUGGAGGUCCUCUUUGGUCAACGGACUUAACAAGAUCCAGGUCUUUCACUGGACCCCUACUCUGUCAGUUGUUCUACCUCAAUGCAGCAAUGCUUGAACAGCCAUUUGUACGUGACUGUUCAUGCCUAAGUGGCAUUAGACUGGGUCACGUAGAACAAAAUCUUUGCUCCUUUCAAGCUAAUAAAUCAAGACUUGUCUAAACAAAUUGACUCUGUAGCAAAAACUUAACUGCUUUGCUUUCUUCCCAAUGCAGGAUAAUAGGGAUAACAUGUACCCUCACACUAAAUAGCAUGCUCUUGAAAUUCUCUCUCAAAGGUAGAAGUGUUUUCAGGAAAUCUUAGGAAAAAAUGGGGAGAGGGGAGCAUUUGCAAACUCAUUGCCGAAGGAGCUGUCUUUUGUUUCCCUAUUUAUUAGCCUCUUUGAGGGAUCUUAUAGCUCACAUAGGCUCUCUUGUGUACCCUUUCUUCCUCCAUUUGAUAAGAGAACAGAAAGUUGCUUUAUAACUCAAAACUAAUUUGUACAGUAGUUACUGCUGCUGAUAAUGAUUGCAGUCAAAAUCCAUUCAGCAAUCCCAUUCUCUUUUUUGGAGUUUAUACUGCUUCAGUUCCAUUCUAUGAGCAUGCCAAUUUGUAUCGCACAUUUCUUAAUAAAUUACUAUCUUCUAAUGAACACCUGUGAACCUAGUCAGCAUAUUUUAUCCCUGCAAAACACAUGUUCUGCCAUUUGAGGAAAGAGCUGCUUUCAAACAGAGCUUUCUAGAUCUGUGCCAGAGUGCUGACUGCAAGUUCUGCAAAUGUAACAUAGGGUUUCCUGGCUUGCACUUAAAGGCCAGUAACAGGUAUAGAUCCUUCACUCUGCCAUCCUCCCUCCAGAAGUUGGAAUUCCAUUUAUAGUGAGUGUGCUGUUGCUGUUCUUCAGAUUUAUUUUUGAAGCCCACCCCUUUCACAAUGCCUUUCCGAUCUAAGAGUGUCUCAUCUCCCCCACCUCCAAAAUCAUCAGUGCAUGUUUACAAUGGUGUAUAAAAUCUUAAAUGCUAUUAUAAAGACUCUUCAUUUUGACUGCUGAGGGGUGAAACCAACAUCGUUUGUUAUUGCAGACACUCUGAAUUUAUUCAUGCUGAUACCUUGCACAUAUUAAAAAAGUUGUUUUGUCAAAAUAA